ACGUAAAUAUUGUACUGAGUAGGCUUCGUAUGGUGGUAACUAUGUGAACUACCAUUACAUUAUGACCUUCUCCAUAUGAAUACGUCGAAUUAUCUUCGUAAUAUUACUGGCAUUAGUGUGAUCGUAAACGAAGUGUCAUCUUGGUGAAAUGUUUUACAGACCGAUGCCCCGAACUCUUAGACGCAUUAUGGGUUCGCGGGAGAAUUUAGAUUGCAGUCUUUCAGAUGAUUUGGAUCAGAUUGACAAGACGUCGUCGGCUAAAGCUAAGCCUGCACGGCUUAUGGUCGGAGUUAUUGCGGGUCGUAACUUGAUAAGCAUGGAUGUCGGUGGUAAAUCAGAUCCUUACUGUAUCAUCACAGUUGGCGAAGAAGAAGCAAAAACAGUCGUACAAUACAAUACUGUUGACCCGGAGUGGAACGCCAGUUUUGAUUUCUCUUUGUACCAAGGGCCACAUUUUAAAUCAAGUGACGAAAAUGUUGAGGAUGGUGAUUCCGAGCAAUGCAUCGUCCAUUACAUCAUGAUUGAUGUGUGGGAUAAAGAUACGUUGAAUAGAGAUGAUUUCAUGGGUCGUGUGAUGGUUCCAGUCUCUUUACUCAGUCAUGAAAGUUUGUGUGGUUGGUUUCAACUGGGAAGAACGUCUUCCCGUGAUGCCCAGUUCACUGGAGAGAUAUAUCUUGAACUACGCAUUAAAUCCCAACUGCCGAUUACCAGAUGGAAUGCUGAUGAACAAUUGUACAAAUAUUGCAAUGAACUGAAAGAUUUUGAACUUCCAGUCCAGUGCAUAUCGUCUGUUCUAAAUUUUCCAGGUGAGACGGAACGUGUUGAAAUGCUACUCGAGAAUGUUGUUAUCGAAAUCAGCAAACAACGCGAUGUUGGAACUGUUUACUUGACAAACUACAGGCUGAUAAUUAUUUGCAAGUCUAACGAAAAAUUGUCCGAGGAUCAUUCCAUGUGGAUUGCUUUCAAAAAUAUACAAUCUGUCGAUAAGGCAGUCGAUGAAAAGGCCGUGCGAAGAAGUUUGUCUGGCAACCGUCGUAUAUCAGAAGUAAAAUGUCUGACUAUUCAAUGUUGCGACUUCAGAAAAAUCCGUCUCACAUUUGUGGACUUCAGUCAGUCAUCUCAGCCUUCUAUCAGUCUUACAGAGACUCUACGGCAAUCAUUUCUCAUUCCUGAGUUCAAUCCCAAGGCAGGAGAAUUCCUUCCUUCGAAUGGAGAGAUCAUUGCAAGCAAUUCUUCAAAAAUUGACGUGUUGCAUGGCAACGAUGACGAAGAUGGUGAUAAUUGGUCGUUAUGUGAAGAUGAUGACGUUGAGGAGGGGGAAGAUAUUACACACGAUGAAGUAAAAAUUGGUCGGUCAUCGCCGCGUGUCAUUAAACGUAUUUUCUCACCUUUGGCCAACUCACUUGGCGAUAUUGGCCGGAUGUUGGCUAGUGUUCAGGGUUCUUUCACUCCAAACUGUGCAAAUACUCCACCUGAUGAAGCCCCAAUUAAAGACGAUAGAGAUACAGACGAAGUCACCACCAAGAAAAAGAGUUUUAUUCACGAAUACGUCAAUACGUUGUAUGUUCGACUAUCCUACCUGAUACCAAGUGUCACUGAUAAUCCUCUUUCCAAAGAAUUUGUAAGAGCGUUUCCCCAAAGUACUUCAUGUGGCUGGGACGUUUACAAUGUUGAAAACGAAUUUCGGAGGCAAGAGGUAAACGAACAUUGGCGUUUGUCAGAGAUGAAUUUAACGUAUCGCACUUGUCAGUCUUAUCCUAAGUUAUUUUACAUACCUGCUGGGGUUGAGGACGGAAUUUUACAAAAAUGUGCAGCGUUUAGAAGCAAGGGUCGUCUGCCAGUUCUGUGUUGGUUCAAUAAAACGAAGGGAAAUUUUAUAAUGCGAUGUGCUCAACCACGCACUGGUCCAAGAAAAAAGUUUAGUGUAGAUGACGAAUACGUAAUACAAACGGCGUUGGCAACAAAUACAGCUUCACGAAACUUGGUAAUAUUUGACGCAAGAUCAGCAAUCGCUGCAUCCGGAAACCAACUGAAGGGUAAAGGUACGGAAGAUAUCGACCGUUAUCCUGGAUGUAAACUGACUUUUCUUAACAUCCCGAACAUCCAUGCAGUAAGGGACAGUCUGGAUAAACUUCAAACAGCUUGUCAAACUUCAGAAAAAAAAUGGUUCUCUCAACUGGAAGCUUCGGGCUGGAUGGCGUAUAUUUCUUUAAUUCUUCAGGGUGCAAUAUCGAUCGUUCGCCAUGUUGACCAAAAAGGAAUUGCUGCUCUUAUUCACUGUAGUGAUGGAUGGGACAGAACUGCACAACUUUCUGCUUUAUCUCAGAUACUCCUUGAUCCUUUCUAUAGAACAAUUAAAGGAUUCCAGGUUCUUAUAGAGAAGGAGUGGAUAUCAUUUGGACAUCGAUUCCGGGACAGAAAUGGUCAUCCGUCCUCGAACAGCAACCAAAGAUCACCAAUUUUUGUUCAAUUCCUUGACUGCGUUUGGCAGAUAAUAACUCAAUUCCCUACCUCAUUUGAAUUCACUGGGGAAUAUCUGUUAAGAAUUGUUGAUCAUUUGACCACAGGCUGGUUUGGUACAUUUGCGUGUAAUAAUGACAAAGAAAGAAAUGAAGAAACUAAUUGUCUCAGUUCGAUAUCAUUAUGGGCGCACCUGGAUAACAUUCAAGACGAAUUUAGAAAUGAAAAUUAUAUUUUUGAUGAGGAGGUCUUACAUCCGACAUCAAGUCUACGCCGUCUUCCUCUUUGGUCUGACUACUAUUUGCGUUAUGACGAAACAUUCUGGGCAGCAAACCAGCUCUUUGAAUAUGGGCAACAAAUUGAUAUGGAUGACAAAGUUGAUGGACCGUCCGUUCCUGAAACAGUUGUUUGGGUUGCCAAUGAACGGGUGAAAGAUUGCCAUGAUUGUAAAACAAAGUUCACGCAUUUUAACAGACGACAUCACUGCAGAGCUUGUGGCCAGAUAUUUUGCAAUGACUGCUCAUUGCAUCGUAUAACUUUGUCGAGACUUGGCUAUAAAAAUCAAGAGCGUGUUUGUGAUAGAUGUUAUAUCAAGUAUAGGGACGAAGCGAAGAAGCGUGGCGCAGAUAUAUCAAAGAACUGCGAUGUAGGUUCGUUUCAGGUGUUAUGAGGCUAUACUUCAUGUAUAACAACACUAUAGUUAAGGAAAUCAAAUUUUAAUCAAAUUUUAAUCUUUAUUUUCAUAUAGAGAUUUAUAUAUUUAUAUUAGCAAUUGAAAUUAAAUUAGAUUUUAAGUUUCUUUAAAUACCUGUCAAUGGGUCGAAGUGACUUAGUCGUGACUUGUAUGUGAGAAUACAGGGUGUAUAAAAAACUGCAACCCUGAUAAUUCUCAGAGGCCUAUAUACGAUGUUUUGUUAUUGAAUAGAAGCCAACAUAUAUGAAUAUUACAGUGGUUGCAGCUUUUUUUAAACACCCCGUAGAAUUGACACGUCGUAUCAUAUGCAUAAGAAAAUUUAUUUUAGGAGAGCAAUUUUGGAGUUGCGUAUUAUAUAGCUUUGUCAUUUUAUAAAAGUAUUGUUUCUUGUUUAUAUUAUCGUUUAUAUUGUUUAUAUAAAUUGUUUAUAUAUAUUUAAUCAAUAAUGCAUCAGUGUACGGUUUAUUAUAAAAGUAUUUUGGAUAAUGUGCAGUGUGCUUGAAUCAAUUUUUGUAAUUUUUUAAAUGUUAAAU